AUGGACGCUCGCGCUGCCCCAGAAAUCCCAGGUUUGCGGUUGCCAGCCAAUGUAACGCAAGACAUCAAAAUGUUGGCCUGUAAGCUAUUAAAUUCUCCAAAACCAGCAAAAACCUUUCCAGGCACCCAACCUAUAUCGUUUCAUCACUCUGAUAUUGAGGAAAAACUUCUUGCCCAAGACUAUUACGUUUGUGAGAAGACUGACGGAUUAAGAGCCCUGAUGCUAAUAGUUAUAAACCCGGUGACAAAAGAGCAGGGGUGUUUCGUUAUCGACAGGGAGAAUAACUAUUUUCAAAUAAAUGGAUUCAAGUUUCCUAGAUUACCGAAGCAACAUCGGAAGGAAUUACUAGAAACCUUUCAGGAUGGUACACUGAUUGACGGAGAAAUGGUGUUACAAACAAAUCCUGUCACUAAACUAAAGGAGCUACGGUAUCUGAUGUUCGACUGUUUAGCAAUAAAUGGUCGUUGCAUCGCACAAUCUCCAACAAGUUCACGUCUCGCACAUUUAGGUAAAGAGUUCUUCAAACCGUACUACGAUCUCCGGUCACUUUACCCCACGCAUUGCUCUACUUUUCCCUUCAAAAUUUCCAUGAAAGUGAUGAACUUUAGCACUGAUUUGGUGAAGGUUGCUCAGACGCUCGAUAAACUUCCUCACGUCUCUGAUGGCUUAAUAUUCACACCUGUCACCACGCCUUAUUGCAUUGGGACCAAAGACUCACUCCUUCUAAAAUGGAAACCAGAAGAAGAAAAUUCGGUGGAUUUCAAAAUGAUCGUCGAAAUCCCUUUGGCCGAGGAUACAUCCCUACCCAAAAACGAUCCUAACCGAUUUUAUUUCAAUUAUGAAGUUAAACCUAAUUUCCACUUGUACACAUGGCAGGGAGGAGCUGAUGUCAAUGCUAGAAUCCAAGACUUUGAACGACCCUUCACUAAAAAAGAGCUUGAAUUACUUGAGAGGACAUACAAGAAAUUCGCAGAACUGGAAAUCAAUGAUGCUAAAUGGCGAGAACUAAAGGCGCUAGACGAACCACUCAACGGUAGAAUAGUGGAGUGCACGAAGGACCAAGAGACUGGCGUUUGGCACAUGCUGCGUUUUAGAGAUGAUAAGUUGAAUGGUAACCACGUUUCAGUCGUGAAGAAAGUACUGGAAAGUAUCAGUGAUUCGGUGAAAAUUGAAGAUCUCGAGGAAGCGACUCAACAAAUGCGUGAGAAUUGGCAGCUACGUCAUUCGCCUCAAAAACGCGAUAUACGGGAAAUGAACCGCUCGGAACCAUCCAGUGAGCCACGCACUCAAUCAGAGCCUUCUCAAAAUGUAGUCAACGUUGACCAACCGAAGUAUAUCGAUGAUGACGACGAUGAAGAGAUUUGGUCAGAGAAUGAAGAUGAUUUUGAUGUCGAUUUUAAAAAGCCUAAAAUUUGA